CGUUCAAUCUUUGAUGGUGGGGCAGCCCAAGGAGAGGAGGCAGACAACAUUGAACGACAUCUGGACUUUCGAACCUCACCCGGGCUACGCAUACCUCACCCUCAUCUCAGCCAGCCACCUUGCACACACCGUUGCCCACCAUGAGCAACACCGAGGAUCCCCAGGAGAGGCCGCAGGACAUCAACCAGAUCAUCAAUGGUCUGGAGCGGUACAACCCCGAGGCCGUCGGCCCCCUCGAGAACUACCUGCAGCAACAAUGCGAGCAGCGGUUUUGCGACGGCAACUCGAACAGGGUACUGCUGAAGCUCUACCAACUCAACCCUGACCGCAUUAAGGAUGAGGUCAUCACAAACAUCCUCGUCAAGGCCAUGACCGCCUUCCCAUCACCACAGUUCAACCUCGCCCUCCACCUCCUCGCCCCCUCAUCCCUCGCCCCCGGCACCGAGCUGUCCGAGGCCGUCACCAAGCUGCGGGCCCUCAACGCACACCUCCAGGGCGCAUCAUUUGGUCGCUUCUGGUCCACCCUCGACUCGGACGACCUGUACGCCGACCUGACCACCGACAUCGACGGUUUCGAGGACACCAUCCGCCUCCACAUCGCCCAGAUCGUCAGCGAGGCCUUUAGGGAAGUGCAGAUCGACAUUCUGGAGGGCUGGCUCGGCCUGGAGGGCAAGGACGCCGUACAGAAGUACGUCAUCGACACGUGCGGCUGGAAGGUCGAGGGCGACAACGUGCUCAUCCCCAAGAACGCCGACAACGAGGCCAAGAAGGCCGAGAUCAGGGAGGACGUCAACGUCGACAUGUUCGCGCGCAUCAUCCGGAGGUCGUGGGAGGAGGUCGCCUAGACGUUCGAACGACGAGUGGACGACCGCGGGGGAAGAGCCCGAGCCCGAGCUCCGAUGGGCGAGAAAGAGGCGGGGGGCGCUGUCGGAUCGUGGCAUGCUUGCAUUUAGCACAUUGGCGUUAGGGACGGUGGGAUAUUCGGGCCCGAAUAUGGCCUGAUUGACGACUUGGUAGCCGGGCGUUCGCCGAGCUGAGGAAUACAAAAAGUCUAUAAUUGCCUCCAUCCGUCUCUCGCAGCCUCGCGACGCUCAUCCGAAUUUUGUCACAUGGGGGUGCCUAGACUGGCCAGGAACAUGUGACCACCUCGUCGGUACUCAUACCCGUUGGAUGUACAACCUAUGACGGACUUCAACAAGCGCACCAAAUUUACCAUUAUCAUCCCCCCCCCCCCCAAGGCCAGUAACCGAACGCCGCUGGUGAAAUCUCGACCGCCCAUCGCCUGCUCCCAUCACGAUCUAGAUUCUGCAUGCGUCUGGACGGAAGACGCUCCGGCAAGAAAUGGAAAGUCCGGCUAUUGACAUCGGAGCGGACUUCUGGCUUCGUGUGCAUGGCUCUUCCACGAAAAUAUUGAUAGCUGACCAGGCCGGCAGGCCAAGUGACUACCUAGGUACCUCUCGGCAAGCUGCAUGUCCAGCGCAUACUACUUUGGGGUACGCACUUGCACGGCCGGGUAAGCGGAAUACAACACCCAAGUAGAUCAAUACUACAGCUUUCACUCAAUUCACAUUCAAAUCUGCCGGGCGUCACGCAGACUUCGGUUUCGUGGCUUCUAGCAGCUGUGUUGACUAUGUACGGGUGAAAAGGAAUAGAUACAAGGAAUUUCCGGCUCAGUGCUAGGUGUCUUAUGCCACCCAGCCAAAUCCUAGACACAUGUGUUGGCGAAAGAGAUCUAUAACGAUUG